UGCACCCGGAAGGGCAGGAUGAGCUGCGGAACGGUCGGUAAGUGUGCGGCGGCGCUUGCCCUGGUCCUGGCACUGUGCGCCACCGUCGUCUUUGCUCGACGUCAUCACUUGGAAGUUCGGGAUGACUUCCGGCGGUACAUUCUCUUGAGCACGUUCGGGUUCUACGCGGGCGGAGUGCUCGAUGUGCAGGUGUCCCAUUUUCGCGUCGAUCGGGGCACCGAAUCCAAUGUGUUUGGUCUCUCGCUGGACAAAACCAUGUCCGACUCGAUGAACCCGUACUUGGAUUCGCAUCAGGAUAAAUGUAUCCUUACCGAACCGGUCAGUGCCCAGAGCAAUGGGCCAAUCGUUUUCUUCAAGAUGGAUCUCAAGAACAACGUUGUGAACGUGAGCUGCUCGAAGGAGUGGCAAAACAUACACCUCUACAAGGAUCGCAGCGGCGUACCGGCCCUAAGGUCCAAGCGGCAAUCGUUUGCGAAGGUCAGCGACUCGAAAUCGGUGUACAUGCAGCGCCGACGCCGGGCCGCUUCGAACGUGUUCCCCAGCAAUCAGGAGGACACCGACGAAGGGCUCGACGUGAGUGCGUCGACCGUGUGCACCAAGUUGACACUUCCGCUGGAGCGCAAAACCGAGGACGACUUCUAUUACUACAGCUUUCACUUUGCCAUCUACGUCGCCACCAAGCAGGAGGAAGGGUUGUACAAUCUCUACUUCCACAGCUGCCCGAACUACGCGCCGAGCAACUUGUACGAGCUGAACUUCAACGUGGACAUUGAGGAGAAGAACAGUGGCAACUAUCUGUCCGCCGGCGAGAUGCCGCUGCCGGCGCUCUACUUCAUGAUGUCGCUGCUGUUCUUCCUGUCCGGCCUGUUCUGGUUGUUUAUUCUGCGCAAGAGCCGACACCCGCUGUUCAAGAUACACUACCUGAUGGGCGUGCUGGUGUUUCUCAAGUCACUGUCGUUGAUGUUCCACUCGAUCAACUACCAUUUCAUCGAGGUGCAGGGCGAGCACGUCGAGGCGUGGGCCAUCCUAUACUACAUCACCCACCUGCUCAAGGGGGCGGUGCUGAUUAUUACCAUCGUGCUCAUCGGCACCGGCUGGACGUUCAUCAAGCACAUCCUGGCGGACAAAGACAAGAAGCUGUUCAUGAUCGUCAUACCGCUGCAGGUGCUGGCGAACGUGGCGGAGAUCAUUAUCGCCGAGAGCGACGAGGGCGACAAGGAGUACAGCACCUGGCGGGACAUCUUCAUGCUGGUCGAUCUGCUGUGCUGCGGCGCCAUCCUGUUCCCGGUCGUCUGGUCGAUACGGCACCUGCAGGAGGCGGCCGGGACCGACGGCAAGGCAGCGAUCAACCUGCGCAAGCUCAAACUGUUCCGCCAGUUCUACAUCAUGAUCGUGUGCUACAUUUACUUCACUCGUAUUAUUGUCAUUCUUCUUAAGAUUACCGUCGCGUUCCAGUAUGCCUGGCUAGAUGAAAUGUUCAAAGAGAUGGCCACGUACGUGUUCUUCGUGCUGACCGGCUACAAGUUCCGGCCCGUAUCGCAGCAUCCCUACUUCUCCGUGCACGGCGACGAUCCGGACGAUGACGGCGACGAUGGCGAGGUGGAAAUCCUCACCCAGUCCGGUCUGACCGAGGGCAUCGGUAAGGUGACCAACCGUUCCCAGCCAUCGCUGGCCGCCGGUUCCGCGACGCUGGUCGAGUCGCACGACGAGGAGCGGGAAAUUUUGAUCAGCAAAAGAGAGUCGUCACACGAGUACGACUAAAGGCGGACGGGUGAUUUCUAUAUAUACAAACACAUUUUUUAUUAUGCUGGAGGGUUUUGCACGGAACGCCGCGGAUCGAACGAUGGACAGCGUCAACGUUCGCCCUCUCCAUUUCCCAAGCUGCCUCAAGUAGCAACAUUGUUUUUGUUUUCUUGUUUCCAUUUUCCAAUAAUACUUUUUACUACUACACUGCUGAAAAUAAUGCAUGCAGGAUCAGAGACAACUUUCAAACAAACCUGUAGAAUAAAUUUAUACUCCACGAGCUAAAGCCAAGGGACGCUUCUUCUUGACUAACGAAUACGAAUCGCAAAAGGCAACAUUCUGUAAUCCAUAAAUGGAAAAGAAUAAUUACUUUAGGCUGCAAUUUAAAAAAAAAACACACACACGUACACUGGCGAUUUGCGGGCGAAGAAAAUACUAAUCGGAGAGCAUGUUUUCGCUUUUGUUUUGUUAGAUCGCUCUACUUUAGUUCCCGUACGUUCCCCUUUACGCCCUUUCGUUUUCGCUUUUCCGAUUCUUAACCUCUCCGAGUGAUAGAUCAUUUCCAUUUCCAACAACGAACCUUAGCUGUGAUCUGUCGCCGCCACCGCACGCUGCCGCCGCCGUCACCGUCGCCUUCAGGCAGAGCAAAGUAUCCAACAUGCAAAAACAAAACAACAAAAAGCGUAAAAAAAUAACUUACUCUUAGAAAGGACCACAGCAAAAAGGAACUAAAACUAAAUAUAAGAUCUAGAGGACGCAGGCCGUGGAUAUAGCAAAGAACACGGGCCCCACGGUGUUGCACCGAGCUCUGCCAAGAGCCUGUCAAGUGAACUACGAAGUAACUAUAAGGAUAAGUAGAAUUAUAUGUUUAGCCUGUAAAAGCAAACAACUAGCGAAAGCAAAAAUACACCACCACCACUGAUUAAUAGUAUUUCA